UCGACAUCGUUCAGUACAGUUCCGUAUCCCGAGGUAUUACUGUAGUGAUUUACCAUCAGUUUACCACCUACAUACCUCCAUUGAACAAUAAACAUCGUUGAUCGUGUCUGUGUUGUAUAAUGAUUUAUUUUAAUCACAAUUGUUGUUGAAAGUGUAUAAAUCUUUUUAUUGUGGUUGUCUUUAUGUAUGCGAGAUCUCUGUGGUGUACAUUAAUUUAAAAUGGCUACGUCGAAAACUACAAACACGUACAACAGACAAAAUUGGGAAGAUGCAGAAUUUCCGAUAUUAUGUCAAACUUGCUUAGGCGACAAUCCAUAUAUUCGUAUGACGAAGGAAAGGUAUGGAAAAGAAUGCAAGAUAUGUAUGCGUCCGUUUACAGUAUUCAGAUGGUGUCCAGGAGCAAGAAUGCGUUUCAAGAAAACCGAAGUUUGUCAAACUUGUAGUCGUCUAAAAAAUGUAUGUCAAACGUGUUUACUUGACUUAGAAUAUGGUUUACCCAUUCAAGUGCGCGAUGCUGCGCUUAAAAUCAAAGAUGAUCUUCCUAGGUCGGAUGUAAACAAAGAAUAUUAUGUACAAAACAUAGAUAGUGAAAUUGGUAAAAUAGAUCCAACAACACCAGCUGGAGCUGUUGGUAAAUCAGCAGCUGCCAGUGAUUUGCUAAUGAAAUUAGCCAGAACAAGUCCAUAUUAUAAAAGGAAUAGACCACAUAUUUGCUCCUUCUGGGUCAAAGGAGAAUGUAAAAGAGGAGAAGAGUGCCCGUACCGUCAUGAAAAGCCUACAGACCCUGAUGAUCCACUGGCUGAUCAAAAUAUCAAGGAUCGUUACUAUGGUGUGAAUGAUCCUGUUGCUGAUAAAUUAAUGCGCAGAGCUGCUGCGAUGCCGAAAUUAGAUCCACCGGAGGACAAAUCCAUCACGACUCUAUACAUUGGCAAUUUGGGAGAUAUUUUAACGGAGAAGCAACUGCGAGAUCAUUUUUAUCAGUACGGAGAAAUACGUUCUGUAACAAUGGUUCCUCGUCAGCAGUGUGCCUUUAUACAAUACACGCAAAGGAGUGCUGCUGAAGCAGCGGCAGAAAGGACAUUCAACAAACUAAUAUUGGGAGGCAGGAGAUUAACUAUCAAAUGGGGACGUUCUCAAGGAAGGCAAACGGUAUCAGCAGCAGAAGCAACCAGAGAAAUUCUGGAACCUGUACCAGGUUUACCCGGUGCUUUACCACCACCUCCAGAAAGCAUGGGAAACAAUUUCUUCAACCUGCAAACUACCCCUGGGAUGAUACCACCAAUGAUGAUACCUCCACCACCAGUUGCUCCACAAUUCAUGUUCCCACCCCAGAUGACUGCUGCUGCCGCGACACCAAUUUUCCCUCCAGGCACAACUCCCAUCCAUUAUCCGAGUCAGGACCCAUCGAGAAUGGGUGCAUCUCAAGGCAUAGGAAAGCCUUGGCCAGAAGAAUAACAGUAACAGUAUCUAAUCUUUUAAUAAUUACGACUAUAUAAGAGAAAACCUGUAAAAAAUAAAUAUAUGUCAGACUUUCUUUAUGCUAUAUGCGCUGUGUUAUGAUCUUGUUCCAACUAUUUAAUGAUGUAUAGCAGCAAGUAACUGUACAAUUUAAGAAUAAAUUUUAGAUUUAUUAGAGAUAUUGUAUAAUUUGAAUAAAACACAAAUAUUAUACUAUA